AAGGCUCGUCCUAACUAUACAGCACCUGAACUUUUGAUGGGCUCAACCAAUUACUCAGCUGCAGCUGAUGUCUGGUCUUUGGGCUACAUAUUUGCUCACAUCAUUAAGCGCCGACCUCUGUUCAAUAAUUUAGACGAGCAUGGGGUAUUGGCUGAGAUAUUCUGUUUGUUUGGCACGCCAACAGAAGAAACUUGGCCUAGAGUGUCUUCUAUAUGCAAUUUUCUUCAAGAAUUUAACCCUCCAAUACAGCCAAAGGACCUGGCUAAAGAGUUCCCAAGCCUCGGACCUACUGGUCUUGAUCUUCUUUCGUCGCUAAUGGUUGCAAGUGCAAUCGGUGUUUGUAUACCACUACUUGGUAAAGUGAUACCUGCUUUAAGUCCUGAGAAAGAUAUAUUUUUUGUCAUCAAAGCUUUUGCUGCUGGUGUGAUAUUAUCAACCGGUUUCAUUCAUGUGCUUCCUGAUGCUUUUGAAAAUCUUACUUCACCUUAUUUGAAGGAACAUCCAUGGGGUGAUUUUCCUUUUACCGGUUUUGUCGCUAUGUGUACUGCUAUGGGGACUCUUAUGAUUGAUACAUAUGCCACUGCUUAUUUUCAAAAUCAGAAUUCUAAAAAAACACCGACACAAGUCGAGAAUCAUGAGUCAACCCCAGAUGUAGAGCAUGAAGGACAUGUGCAUGUUCAUACUCAUGCUUCACAUGGUCAUGCACAUGGCCAUGCUUCUUCGGAGACAUCAUCAGAACUUCUUCGUCAUAGGGUUGUAUCACAGGUAUUGGAGUUGGGGAUUAUUGUUCACUCGGUUAUAAUAGGAAUUUCUCUUGGUGCUUCUGAUGAGAGUUCUAAAACCAUAAAGCCAUUAGUAGCUGCGUUGACUUUUCAUCAAUUCUUUGAAGGCAUGGGACUUGGAAGCUGUAUAACUCAGGCAAAUUUCAAGAGUCUAUCUAUUACGAUCAUGGGAUUGUUCUUUGCUUUGACAACUCCGGUAGGGAUUGGAAUUGGCUUAGGGAUUAGUAGUGUUUACGAUGAGAACAGUCCAACAGCCCUUAUUGUUGAAGGAAUCUUCAAUGCAGCUUCAGCUGGGAUCUUAAUCUAUAUGGCACUUGUAGAUCUUCUUGCUGCUGAUUUUUUCAUUAUUCGUAUUUGGGAUUUUGAGGUCGGCCCUGAUUUCCUAUAA